GAUCUCAAUUUUCGGUGUGUGUGCAUGCAGUCAUGAGUACGCCUAAUUACGAAGCUGCCUGGACUUAUUUAACUGUCGACGACGGUACUACAGAUAGCACCCUAUUCAACGAACAAGAGUUUACCGAUCUACCACAGACAGUUGGAACCAACCUCGAUGUAUACAUGUAUGACACUUUAUCUUCACAGAUGCAGGAGUUUUCAGAGAAAAAUUUGUCAGAUCAGAAAGAGAGUGCUGAUCAUUCAUCACUGACAUCUACAAAUCAACCAUGCAAUUUUCAGCUUAUCUUCCCUGAAGAGAAUAUUCUGCACAAUGUUCCUAAGUCAAGAAGAUGUCAUUAUUCGAAUAAACUAAAAAUUCUCUAUGUCAAGGAGGAUCAGGCAUGUCCUUUUACUUUUAGUUGUGAUGAUUUGAAUUUCCCUGCUGAUGUUGAUCUGAGAGCGACUGUCAUUUAUGUGCGACGAGAAGAUGCAAAGAUACCUGUGAAACGUUGCAGUGACCACAUGGUAGUAGGUCAAGUGGGUGGAUCCCAUCUCAUGUCAAGUCAGUAUGAAGAUGCUGUAUACAAUAGUUCUAACAACAUGAUGUCAGUUCUUGUACCAUUUGAGUGUGGGCAUAAAGGAGACGUUGGAUAUACUUUUAUCUUUGAGUUUGCUUGUCGAUCUUCUUGUAAAACGCCACUGAAGAACAAGCCAAUGGCAGUUAAAUUCACACUGGAAAGGCGCAAUGUAGUUAUAGGACAAGAUUCUGUUGCUGUCAAGAUUUCCUCAAGUCCUUACAGAGAUAUGACAAACGCUGAGGAAAAGACCGAUGCUGCAAGUAAACCAUCACGAAAACGCAAACUCAAGUCUUCGUGUGCUGUAGGGGAUCAGACGUAUGAGGCAAUGGUGCACGAAGACAUUGCAUUUGCCCAGUAUGCACGACGGAGACAUCCAGAAUGGUGGAAUGAAUAUCACCAGGAUGAAGGGUGCAGUACUUCUAAUGGAUCAGAUUGAAAGGCAAGUAGUGAUCACAGAGAAACUGUAAGUCUUAUUUGAAUAAUCUUGGAUUCUUUGGAAAUUUGUGGUAGUAAGUAGUACUGCUGUUUUAAUUAGCUUACUGGACUCUUAAGAUAUUUUGACUAAAUGGCUUGAGGUAGUGGCACUUGUGCUAAAAAUUCAAUUAGGAAGUUGAUUCUGGGAGUGUUACCAGGAUCGUAUUUUUUUAGAGUAAAUGAACUGUGAUGUUUAGUCGAAACUUGGUGCUCAUAGUUUGGACACGAGGUAAACUGCAGUAUUAC